CCCCCUCAGCAUCAGACCACGCUCCGCUAGAUCAAGUUUCUAUUGUUCUGCAUGAGACAACAAAGAAAGGAAGAUUUUUGUAUUCCUUUCCCUACUGACGGGGAGGGAAGAGGGGCGUUCCAGACGUUGUAACUCCGCCCAUUUAAUGCCGUUUGGCCAAUAGAGGCAACAGAGCUCAGUGUCAGUCCCUUUGUACUGUCAAGCCUUGCUCGUGACGUCACGGCCCUCUUAUUCCCUCCUCUAGUGCCGUCUGGCUGCAGUGGCUCAGACAGGAGGGGAGGAAAACGCUGAGUGAGCCGGGGAGGGGCUCCUUAAAGAAACGCUGCCACCUCUGGCAUUUUUUGGCCAUAAAGGAGUCGGGAAGCUGCGCCUUCAUCCCGGGGAGAGCCCAUUUUCGAUUGCGCUGAACUCUCACCAGCACCAUCCAAUACUCAGGGGUAGCGGAAGGAACACGAGCUUCUAAUCAUUGCCGAUUCCUCCCCUGUUUCUCUCCUUAGUGCCGGCCGCCUCGCUUUCUCUUUGUGUCUGUUCGUAGCACUGAGGUGAGCGGAGGUGGGGGGAGAAGGCAGCCUGACCAUGCCCAGCUCGCUCUUUGCAGACAUGGAGAGGAAUGGGAGCGGAGGAGGAGGCGAGACCCUGGAUGACCAGCGGGCCCUUCAGAUUGCCCUCGACCAGCUCUCGCUGCUGGGAUUGGACAAUGACGAGAGCGCCAUGUACGACAACGAGCCGCGGAAGAAAAGCAUCAACAUGACGGAAUGUGUGCCGGUUCCCAGCUCGGAGCAUGUGGCGGAGAUCGUUGGCAGACAAGGCUGCAAGAUCAAAGCUCUGCGGGCCAAGACCAACACGUACAUCAAGACCCCGGUGCGCGGGGAGGAGCCAGUCUUUGUUGUGACUGGGAGGAAGGAAGAUGUGGCCAUGGCCCGGAGAGAGAUCAUCUCAGCCGCCGAGCACUUUUCCAUGAUCCGAGCCUCUCGCAACAAGAAUGCGGCGGCGUUGAAUGGGGGCUCGGUGCCCGCCCCUCCCAAUCUCCCUGGGCAGACCACCAUCCAAGUGCGGGUUCCUUACCGAGUGGUGGGGCUGGUGGUGGGACCUAAAGGUGCUACCAUUAAGCGGAUCCAGCAGCAGACCCACACAUACAUAGUCACUCCGAGCAGGGACAAGGAGCCUGUGUUCGAGGUGACCGGAAUGCCGGAGAACGUGGACCGAGCCCGAGAGGAGAUUGAGGCUCAUAUCGCUGUGCGCACGGGCGGACUCAUUGAGGUGACGGAUGAGAAUGAUUUUCAUGCCAAUGGCACUGAUGUGGGCUUUGAUUUGCAUGGCACUGGCAGCCUGUGGAGCAAACCAAACCCGGGCAUGAGCCAAAGCUCGGCCAGUCGCAAGGCUUUCUCUAACUAUCGCAACGACAGCUCCAGCUCCCUGGGCAGUGCCUCCACAGACUCUUACUUUGGGGGCACUAGGCUGGCCGACUACAGCCCACCCAGCCCUGCACUCAGCUACACUAACAAUAACAAUAAUAACGGCAAUGGAUAUGUGUACAGCACCGGCAGCGAAUCCAUCUCCCCCGACUGCACUGACCUGGCCUUUGAGUCCGGAUUUGACCCUGCCCCUGCCCCGCCGCCUUCUGCUAUUAUCUGGUCCCAGCUGGAACGCAGCAGCGCCUCCUACCAUAACAAUGCCAACGGGAUCCUGCUCAGCCAGAGGCGGCUCAAUGGAGUGGGCUGCACGACUGCCCCCAGGCUCUCACCCCCCCUGCACACAUGCAAUGGACUGUCCGAGCAUCAGUUAGCGCGCAGGGUGCGCAGUGACCCUGGGGGUGGCUUGAGCUAUUCUGCCUACAGCAACAUGGGCUGCGACUCCUCGUCCUCUUCCUCAUCCUCCAGCAGCAGUAGCAGCUCUUCCUCAUCCAGCUCAUCUUCCUCUUCAUCCGGCAUGAGGAGAAAGGGCAGCCGUGAAUGUUCCAUCUGCUUUGAGAGUGAGGUGAUUGCUGCCUUGGUCCCCUGUGGGCACAACCUGUUCUGCAUGGAGUGUGCCAACCGCAUCUGUGAGAAGAACCAGCCCCAGUGCCCAGUGUGCCAUGCAGGGGUCACCCAGGCCAUCCGCAUCUUCUCCUAAAUUCCUCCUGAAUCUCUUGGAAAGGGCCAAGGAGCAGCUACAUUCCCACUUGUAUGGUGCCAUACACGUGUAUAUAUAUAUCUACACGGAUCCUUUAAUAUAUUAAUAUAUUGUAAUAUAUUAAUAUUCAGAUAAUAUAUAUAUAUUUAGAUGUGUUUUUAUUUCUUAUUCUGUGUCCAUCAAUGCUGUACAUACACUACGAAGCCACCCUGGUUAUAACUUGCUUAAAUCUAUUUAAUACCUUAUACUGCAACUUAAUGCCAUGAUAUUAUUUCUUAAAGGGGUAGGGGAAGUCAAGGUGCAAAGUAAACAUCUCUGUAACUCUAUGUCAGCUGAUGCCUUCCUGCUCAUGAACUACAGCUCCCACUGCCCCCAGGGGUGUUGUCGG